CAACCGACAUAUUUAUUAUUUAUUUUGACGAGCAAGUAUAUUUUUGAAACCCAUAAAAUUAUUGAAAUGCCGCCGAAAAAGGGAAAGAAAUUGAAAAAAGUAAAGCAAUGGGAAAAGAAAUCAGAAUUAAUAUUCGAGGAAGGGACAGAUGAAACUGAUGUCCUAGAACUUAACUUAUAUACGGACAUAAAUGAUAACUUCUUUAACGAGGCCAGCCGGAUUGUUCAGUUUUUAAUGGAGGCAGAACGGUUUUUCGAGGCAUCCCGUAUUAAGCGGUAUGCUGAUAUAAUAUUUAAUUUACACCGUCGUUAUGUGGAGGAAGUAAAUGACAAUGAAGUGCUGCGUCCUCAAAUAAUUUCUACUGAAAACAAAUUGCGUCUGGCACUUGAUUUGACCGCAACAUCUGAAGAGGCUUUACAAAAACUAAAGGAUACCCUUGGCGACGCCUGGAAAGAGUCUGACGCUGCGGCACUUCGAGAACAGUUGGUCCAAGAGAAACUUCAAGAAGUCUUAAUAAAAUGUGAAGGGCUCGGCGAUCGAGACACUGGCAAAACGGAUGACGCAGCAGAAUACAAAAUUAAAUUUCGACCCGUGUAAAAAAUGAAAUCCUCUGGUUUCGAACUAUUCAAGGAGCUUAAGAGUAUGUGCUUGUUAACUUUGGAUCAUACUAUCGGUUUAGACUUCUCAUAUUUGAAUAAGUUGCAGCAAAAAUAUAUUGGGCAACUGGUACAUGCUUAUACAUCAAUUAGAAAUCCUAGAAUACUCAAUUGAGUAUAUCCGAGAUGUAUAGCCGGCGUGGUCAGAAAAUUUUUGAUGAGCAACUGAAAGAAUUGCUAGCGCAGAAAACUACCAAGCCACGUAUGUCAGAAUAUGCCUCACCAGUUGUGUUAGUGGCCAAAAGAAUGGCAAAGGCAACUAUGCCGCAACUAUCGGAUAUUAAACGAAAAGAUGUGUUUGGUCAAGUGACCGGCAGAGAUAACAGCGAUGGCUGCGUGCAGUAACAGCAGAAGACAAUAAUCAUAAUUAGAGCUUAAGAGCAAAUGAUGUUUGCUCUUUGUAAGUUGCAGCCUACUCUCUUCAUCGGCCCUUUGCCUCCUGCAUUGACGCCCGCUGCCCAUCGUUCUGAGCGGAGCUCAAUUUCGUUCGUUUUGCAUAUAGUUUUCAGUUUUUCGUUUAAUCGCAAGCAAGUCACAACUAUUUCGAGUUG